AAUUUCAUUGCAGGCCCAUGAUGACCCCUGUGAGCCGUAGCUGCCACAGCUAGUCAGAUGCUGCACGAUGGCCAAGCCGGGGACCGACAGAGAUGGAGCCAUGGUGGAAAAGAUGACCGGGAAGAAGAGUAAAGAUAAAAUCUCCCCAUUUACCAAAACGCCGAAGCUGGAUCGGAGUGAGAUAAUGGGGAAGCCGAAGUCUUCCAUGAAACGCAAGCUCUCCUUCAGUGUCAGUCCGCCCUGUAACGAGAAACGGGACUCAGACACAGAUGAAGAUGGUCCUGAUAAGAAGAGGGUAAAAAAGGAGUCUGGGGGUAAGAAGUCCACCCCUGUGAAUAUUUUGUUCGGUUACCCACUGUCUGAACGCUUGCAAAUGGCCCUGGUGAUGCAGAUGACAGCAAGAGACAACAGUCCAGACUCUGAGGACCCUCCGUCAGUCAAUCCCUCCAGUGUAGAUGAGAACAUGGAGUACUCAGACACUGAGAAGGACUCUGAUGGCAAAUGGACCACAGCAAAGGCCACAUCUUCAGUGUCUGGUGUGGAUGAGUAUGAGUUCAAGGACGAGGAAGAGGAGGAAGACCUGAGCAAGGCCCUAAAUGACAGACACAUCCUGAGACGAGAAGCGCGUCAGAAAGAGAAGGAGGAAAAGGAGCAAAACCAUUACACACUCAAACAGUCCAACAAGAGUGAUCAGUCGACGUCAUCCUGCAAAUUAAAAAAGCCAAAGUCAUCCCGAGUCCUCUACAGCAGUUCAGAUAGCUCCGAGGAUGAAAUGGAGGCUCCAUCAGAACGAAAGUGUUCACCGACCAGGUCACUCUGCAACGAUACUCACAAAACAGAAAGCAGGACAAAAAGAGAAAGCUUAACCCUAACGGCAUCCGAAAAAGGUAAAGCGAACAAGAAGAACAACAAGAGCCAAAUCAAAAACAAAGAAAAUCAAGAGGUUCAAGAGGACAGAAAAGAAAACAGCAAGUCUCUUCUUUUUUCUACAGCGACAGUGUCUGACAACUCUGAUAAAAGUGUUCAAGAGGAAAACUCUUUCAAAAUGUCCUUCAGCCCAAAGGACGAUUCGUCAGUGCACCUUUUUCACUUGUCGGCUGUGAAAUCCCCAAAGCUCAAUUACAGCCAAACUGACAAGCAGAUGACUCCAUUAAAACAGGAAAAUGAUAAGACUUUUGUCUCCAUUGGAGAUGGAUCCUGCAAUAUGGAUAGUGUCAAUUAUAACCACUACACAGAUUCAGACUACACAGAAGGUUCCAGCAGUAAGAGCUGUAUGCACAAGGACAAAAGCAAACAUCACUAUAAGGAACACAGCUUGGAAGGAGAUGACCGAAGCUCCAGCCCUUUUAAAGAUGCCAGUUUAAGCAACAGUAUGGAUGACUCUAAAGGAGCCUUCAGGAAGGCUGACAAAGAUGGUAAGGUUGUCAAGCAGCAUAAGCUAAAACACAAGGAGAAGGACAAGUGUAGGAAAGACUACGAGUCUGAGAGGAAUCGGCAUCGCCAGAAAGAACUACGGAAAGAUGGACAUAGGAACGUGAAGUUUGACCGAGAAUUUUGGAAGGAGAAUUUCUUCAAAAGUGACGAGAAUGAAGAACUUAAAGGGAAAUGUGAGACACCAGGCAGUUGCUCUCCUCAGAAGUCCCUUGACUCAUCACCAAUUAAAGAAGAAAAGGCCACUUUAAAAGACAAACACUCGAUCUGCAACAGCAUUAAGGAGAGAAAACAAAAAGACGAGCGAAAGAAACACAAACUCAUAAAAAAAGAGAAGAAAGAGGUGGCAUAUAAAGAUGCUCAAGGAGGAAAGGACUGGAAAGGGGCUGAAAAUGAUGACUGGACAGAAAGUCUUAACUUGUUACGGAAGCCUGAAGACUCUCUUCCAAGUCCUUGUGUUAAAGAGGAGGUAGAAGACAGGCCUCUCACUGGAAACUUGGUAGAUCACAAUCAGCUAGAGACCACAGAGAAGAGCUCUAGAGAUAGAAAUGAUAAACGGCUACCCACAAAGGACCGAGAAUCUGAAAAAGAGCGGCACAAGGAAAAGGACAAGGAUAAAGAGAGGUCACAGCAGAGUAGGGACAGCAAACUCGGUAAAGCAAGGCCUGUUGAGUCAGAGUUGGACAGGUCCAAAUCCAAAGCCUCCUCUGCACAAAAGGAAACCCAUCCCAAUGUGAAAAGAUUGGGUAAUGAUGACCUCAUGCAGACCAGCUUUGAACAAAUGCUUAGCCUGAUGGAUCAGGAGAUUGAGCAGUGGCGUAAGAAACACUUGGAAAAGAUCAAGCAAAAAGCGAGGGAAAGGCUGAAACAACGACCAGGAGCCGACUCUGGGAAGCAGAAGAACAAAGAUAAAGCAAGAAUUUCCACUUCCAGUGAACCAAACAAAGAACUCUUGUGCUCGAAAUGCUCAUAAACCCCAGAGGUUUUCAGUCAUGAGAAAAAUUUUUACAGAAAAUUUUAAAAUUUUAUACAUACUGAUUGUGCAUUUGUAAAUACCCAUGUAAUUAUUAUUUUUAACUUGUAAAAAAAAAAGAAAAAAAAAAGAAGAAAAUACCAGAAAGGAAGUUAACAGCAUUGAUGUGUCUUCUCGUUAGAAAAAGGAAACAUACUUUUACACUUUUAAUGAGAACACAACAAAACAUAUUUUUUACAAGACGCCUUUUGAACGAUGGUUCUUAAAAUAUGUCUAUUUUAAUAUUUACUUGUUACAGGAUAAUGUACACAAUUGUA